AUUGAUGUGAUCUAUCAGUGGCCUGGCUACCCAUCAUUUACGAAGCAAAUAGCUUCGAAGGAUUGGAAGAAAACAAGGUCGCCCAACACACGCCAAAGGUUGGCGAUCAAAGUCGCGGACGCCGUUCAAUCUUUCUUCAAGAAACAUGCGAAUACUCUAUGUGAUCCCCCGAAUUCAACAUGGCGUAUCGGUCCUAAUGGAAUCCGCAUCGAGCAUCUUGCCCUUGUCUCACUACACCGUGUGUCACAGGGAAGUUGGCAGCCCAAAUUGUGUCUCCUCCAUGGCGAUGCUCAGCAGUGA